GCCAACCUCUAUGCUUAUGUUCUUUCUAUGGAUCUUGCUUCUUUCAUCAGGAAACAUAUUAUUGGAAUGUGCAAGAAUUUUCACCAUAACAAAUGAUUGUGAUGAAACGAUUUGGCCAGCGAUCACCCCUGGUGACAGCUUCGGGGGUGGAGGAUACGCACUAAAAGCGAAAGAAUCCAGGGUCCACACUGCACCCGUUGGUUGGUCAGGUCGAAUCUGGGGUCGAACCAAGUGCAACUUCAACAGCAAUGGCAAUGGAACAUGCCUAACGGGUCGAUGUGGCUCAUCCCUCCAGUGUUCUGGCUCGGGCGAAACCCCAGCCACACUUGCUGAAUUCACACUCACGACAUUGGAAUUCUACGAUGUUAGCCUUGUCGACGGAUUUAACUUGCCCAUGUCUGUUAAACCCAUUAAUGGUAAAGGAAACUGCAGCGUUGCUGGAUGCAUAGGCGAUCUGCGCAAUAACUGUCCUUCGGAACUUUCUGUUAAAUCCGGUGGUAAGGUGGCAGCUUGUCGAAGUGCAUGUGACGUGUUUAACACCGACCAAUAUUGUUGUCGUGGUAAUUACGGGAACCCGUCGACUUGCCAACCUACGUAUUACUCGAAGAAAUUUAAGGAAGCAUGCCCUACUUCUUACAGUUAUGCAUAUGAUGAUCCAACAAGUAUUUUUACUUGUUCUGGGGCUGAUUACCUUAUCACAUUUUGUGCACCCAAGUAUUGA